GUUCAUUCGUCUCUUCCCCCCUUGUCCAUUUUCGCCCUAUCUAGAACCCGACGGGAGUAUGUCAUAGUUCUUCAAUGAAAAUUUUCGCCACUGAUCCGAUGCAAUGGGUAAGAAGAAGAAUAUCAACAACAAAAAGAAGAACAACAACAACAACAAGAACCGACUACCGAUAAACGACAAUCCAAAUUCCAACGAGCAAGCUUCUUCCCUAGCUGAACCCGCCCCGGAGACGGUGGCCGAAGUGAUUGGGAAUGGAGCAACCAUCGAUCCAGUAUGCUGAGCUUCCCAAGUUUGAGUACCAUCAGACACUCGAGCGUCAUUACCAGACCUUCGACCGUCAA